CAGUCCAGAAGAAGAGUCUUCUUCUUCUUCUCCUUGUUUGUAGACGUCUCUGUUUCAGUUUUAUUCUUUUUAAAAACCUUGAUAAUCUGAAGAUGUCGGAUUUACGCUCAGAGCUGCAGAAGUUUCUGGAAACUUUAAACAUCCCAACCACGUGUGUGGAGCAUCCUCCGGUUUUCACGGUGGAGGAGAUGAUGCCUCACCUGCAGGAAGUGAGUGGAGCCGUCACUAAAAACCUCUUCUUGAAGGACAAGAAGAAGAAAGGCCUGUGGCUGGUGUCGGCUCGUCACGACCAUCAGGUGAACCUCAAUGACCUCGCCAAGAAGCUUGGCGUCGGCAGCGGCAACCUGCGCUUCGCGGACGAGGCGGCCAUGUUGGAGAAGCUCAAGGUGGGUCAGGGAUGUGCGACAGCUCUCGCUCUGCUCUUCGAUAAAGACCAGAGCGUGAAGUUCGUCCUGGACCGGGACCUAGUGGAGGGCGGCCAUGACAUGGUGUACUUCCACCCAAUGACCAACGCCGCCACCAUGGGGCUCCGACCGGAUGACCUGCUGCGCUUCCUGAAGGAGACGGGACACGAACCCGUCCUGGAGAGUUUCGAGUAGGAGAGAGCCGGACGCUGGACGUCAAGCGGCUGCAGGAAGAGAGUGUGUCAGAGUCGUGUCUCGACAUUGAGACGACCUGAAGAGACUCGAGCGGAACUUGACUGUUUCUGCCUCAAAUAUUUAAAAAUGUCAAAAUGAAACACUAACAUUUUAAAGUCUAAAUCAAGAAGAGAAGCUUCUCCUCUGCGGUAUUGAUGAGUUGAAUGAAACAGCUCAGUCAGAAUAAUUGGUUUCUAAUGAAGUCGUCUUCAUUUGAAAUCAGCCUCACAGAAUUAUUUAUUUUGAUUAAAAAAAUACUCUUAAAAAAUCUCUUGUUUUUCAACUGUUUCUCAUUUUUCUGUUACUUUUUAAAAGAUGGAGUCUGUUAAAAAAAAAAAACAUUGACAGGUUUUAAGUGAUUAAACACUGAGUUAACUUAUAUCUGUGGAUCUUUUUCUUUUUACUCACAGAAAUUAAAACUAUGCUGCAAUAAAAA